CAUAUGAUAUCUUUAAAUUUACAAAAUUAAAAGAUAAUUGAUAUCUUUUACCUAUUUUUAAUUUGAAACUAUUUAAAUAUUAUGUUCUUUCUUGAAUUAUGUGUUGGAUCAAAAUCAAAGGGGACUAAGGACGUAAAAUAAAUUCCAACCACCGGCAGAAAAAUUGUUUAUCACAAACAAACAAAGAAAAAGUGGACUGAUAGUGAAAUAUGUUUAAUUUUUUAGUGUAUUUUUCAUUUCCAAAGAUUUUGUUUGGUGUAUAAAUAAUGAAGGAUUUUGUGAGGAAUUAAAUAUAUUACAGUAAAAUAAGUAGUUCUUAUAUUCCUAUAAAAAAGUAUACAUCCUCAGACACAAAAUCCCAAUUCUCUUCCACCGCCUUUUCUUCCCUAUCUAUCUUCUUCUCAUUUCUCCCUUCACACACACACACACACACACACACACACACAGAGAAUUCCGUUAUGGCCGGAAGUGGCGUUGUAACAGUUUACGGAAAUGGUGCUUUAACGGAAACAACUAAGCAAUCCCCGUUUUCCGUAAAAGUGGGUCUUGCUCAGAUGCUUCGUGGCGGCGUUAUAAUGGACGUCGUUAAUGCUGAGCAGGCUCGGAUAGCCGAGGAGGCCGGCGCGUGCGCUGUCAUGGCUCUUGAGCGCGUCCCUGCUGAUAUACGCGCUCAAGGCGGCGUUGCACGUAUGUCGGAUCCUCAACUUAUCAAAGAAAUCAAACGGGCUGUUACUAUUCCGGUUAUGGCGAAGGCUAGAAUUGGGCAUUUUGUGGAGGCGCAGAUACUUGAGGCUAUUGGGAUUGAUUACGUUGAUGAAUCGGAGGUGUUAACCUUGGCGGAUGAUGAGAAUCAUAUUAACAAGCACAAUUUCCGUAUCCCUUUUGUAUGUGGCUGCCGUAACCUUGGUGAGGCUCUACGCCGUAUCCGUGAAGGCGCAGCGAUGAUUCGUACCAAAGGGGAAGCGGGUACUGGGAACAUUAUUGAGGCUGUUCGUCACGUGCGUUCUGUGAUGGGUGAUAUCAGGGUGCUCCGCAACAUGGAUGAUGAUGAGGUUUUCACUUUCGCUAAGAAGAUUCAGGCACCAUAUGAUCUGGUGAUGCAGACGAAGCAACUUGGAAGGCUUCCCGUUGUCCACUUUGCAGCAGGUGGGGUGGCGACACCAGCAGAUGCAGCGCUUAUGAUGCAGUUGGGAUGUGAUGGGGUGUUCGUUGGUUCGGGGAUUUUCAAGAGUGGUGACCCUGCAAAGAGAGGACGUGCUAUUGUUCAAGCUGUUACUCAUUACAGUGACCCACAAUUGUUGGCUGAAAUUAGCUGUGGGCUUGGUGAGGCAAUGGUUGGUAUUAAUCUUGAUGAUAAGGUGGAGAGGUAUGCUAAUCGUUCUGAGUGAAAGGCUAUGGUUGUAAGUUUAGUAGAAAGUCUUUAUUUUGUUUCGAAUGUUUACAGUUUUGAGGUUUAAUGAGCCUCAUCUUGUCGUUGGAUGAGCAUAUGUUAUACUCUCUUCGAUAUGUUCGUCCGUAUAUUUUAGUUUUGGUUUUAUGGUCAGUUGUUAUAAAUCCUUGGAAUGGGAUACCUAGAUUCAUUCAGUUAUAUGCAUUUGGAUAUUCAACUA